AUGAUGUUCUUCGUCCAGCCGGAUUGCCCCUCCAGAUUCGCCCACCAAGACGAGCAUCGCAUCAGAGGCCUCAACGCCGAGACCAUGGCCCGCGUCUUCCUGCCUCCUCCGUCGUGGUUGCUCACUGCGGAAUAUGCGCCUCUCCGAUCGGAUACCGACGACUCCGCGACAUCCAUCUUCUUCAGCCUCAAUCUCUCAAUUUACAAUCAGCCAGUUGUCGCCUCCGAAUGGACCGAAGAGUGGUUUUUCAUGAAUGGCCGCGUCCAUCCCUACGCCCUUGCGUGGGAGGUCGAGCAACGAGACGGUCUUGAGUCUGGCGCCGGAGGCAUCCUUCUCUACACUAUGCCCGCCCUUAUCAUCCGCGACCAAGGCUACCAGCCCGUUCUUCCUAGGCUCUUUGCCUCCAUGGACAGCUUCCCCCGUAUCCCCCCCAUCGUUUCCUUCACCGGCCUCAUCGUUGGCCCCGGCCACUCCCUGCUACGACAGGACCUUCUGCCAGGUCUGGACGCCACCCAGCUGAGGUGCUGCGGCUUCCUCCAGCUUUCGACCUAUAUCACUCCCGGGAUCCCUGACAAGAUCCCUCUCAGGGGCUUCCACCCGUUUCAGGUCUUCGUCAUCUUCCCCAUCCGCGCCAACCCGUGGGCCAUCCUUUGCAAGAAGAUGGCCGAGAGGCGGGACUCUCAAUUUCAGACUAAUAUCUCCUUCACCUGCACGGGCAAGGUCGCUGGCCUCCUCGAUCACCGCGUCAUGGUCCACCAGCCGAGCUCCGACAGAGACUACGUCUUCAUCGUCGUCCCGGAUUCUUGGACUUUCUCGACAAGACCGCCACCACCGCAGCCGCGUCGGCCUUAG